AUGGCUUGGUUCAAAACUCGGUUGUCCAGGUCCCAGGUGGAAGGAGACAAAGGCAGAAAGAUUGCCGAGAACCUACGAGGUCUUGAGGGUGUUUGGCGUACCCAGAAAGCCAGAGAGACCUGGCUCGGGCACGCCGAGGUGACGGCCAGUUACAGCGCUGGUGAAGAAUGGGAUGCUGCACUUGGUACCAUUGGGGCCGGAAACCAUUUCGCUGAGCUUCAGGUUGUUGAAGAUUCAGUUAUGCGCAAACCUACGAGCGCGACAGAAGCCUCUCAACAUGAACUGUAUGAGGGUGAGAUUAUCCUUCUAGUCCACUCUGGCUCGCGAGGCUACGGAUCGGAUAUCCUCAAGCAGUAUACUAAAGACGGCCGUGAAAGCAUACAAGAAGUUGACACCACGGCUAAAACUUACCUCGAAGCACACGACCCCAGUGAUAUCCGCGCAGCCAGGUUAGCCGUCCAAGCCAGGAAGGUUGUCGACAUAUACCACAACAACGUACAAGUCACAACAACAUGGCCUCCCUCCCUCAAGCCAGAUGAGAACAAUGGUGAAUUCUCAUCCAGAUUGGCAGACUUACGGAUCGAGGCGCCCCAGAAAUACUACAUACACCGCAAAGGCGCCGCACCCACCCACGAUCCCCUAACAAACAUUCCUCUCGUACGAUCUCGCGCCACCCCAACACUCAUCCUUCAUCCCACCUUCUCAGCCACCAACGCCCACGGCAAAACUAAUGCCCUAAGUCUCGCCCACGGAGCCGGACGGGCCCUCUCUCGUGCCAAAGCAGCCUCCUACAUUGCGGAAAAGUAUGCUGGCAAGACGGAGGACCUCCUCAGGGGUGACUUUGUCAAGGCAGACAAACGCGGCAACAAGCUCUUCGGAGGAGAUAAUGCUGGAGGGAGGAAUGUCCAUGGAGGCUGCUGGGUUGUGUGUGAGGAGAAGCAGCUUGUUUGGGAGGAAGCCCCUGAAGCGUAUAAGGACGUUUGGGAUGUGGGAGAGGAUCUGUUGAAGAAGGGAUGCGCGGAGAGGUGGGGAUGGUGUAGGGGGAGAGUGAGCUACAAGGUCAGGAAGGAGUAG